CAUCGGGACAAUGCUGCUGUUUGUGCAACGGCCCCUGAGUGGCGGCUGGCUCUCAGGCUGCUCUCGCUUGACUACCGUUACUUCACACAUUGUUGGAGUGAAAGCAAAGCAGACGGCUUGAUCCUGCCUGCAGGAUGCUCUGAGAGAGAUUUUUGGAGGAGUUCAGGUAUAUUUCAUGACAGAAUAAACAGAGGUGAGCAAAGCUGUGUUGGGCUCUGAGAGCUAAGUCAAAGAAGGCAAAGGAAAGAAAAGAAAAGAAGAAGACAACAAAAGGCUGCAGUGGAAAUUGGUGGGCCUUGGAGCCCAAUCAAAAAGCAGCAUGACCGACAAGAAAAUAAGCCUACCGGCUAAGCUGAUUAAUGGAGGUGUGGCCGGCCUGGUUGGUGUCACAUGUGUAUUUCCUAUUGACUUGGCCAAGACACGCCUCCAGAACCAGCAGGGCGUCAAGGUCUACAAAGGAAUGCUGGACUGUCUAGCAAAGACCAUACGCUCGGAAGGCUAUUUUGGAUGCUACAGAGGUGCAGCAGUAAACCUCACUUUGGUAACACCAGAAAAGGCCAUAAAGUUGGCAGCCAAUGAUGUCUUUAGACAAAAGCUCUCAAAGGAUGGUAAAUUGCCCUUGUGGGGUGAGGUACUUGCAGGCUGUGGGGCUGGGACUUGUCAAGUUGUGGUGACCACUCCAAUGGAGAUGCUUAAAAUACAGCUGCAGGAUGCAGGAAGACUGGCUGCUCAGAGACCAGCCCAUGCACCUGCACAGACUGUAGGUCCAGCUCCAUCACUCGUGCCCCCGUCAUCAGUGCAGCCAGCCCCUCCACAGAGGCCCUCUGCCACAGGCCUCACAGUGCAGCUGCUGAAGACCCACGGACUGGCCGGCCUCUACAGGGGAGCAGGAGCCACCUUAAUGAGAGACGUACCCUUCUCAAUGAUCUACUUCCCACUCUUUGCCAACUUGAAUGCUAUUGGCCGGCAAAGCCACAGUGAUGUGCAAGACCGGGCACCCUUCUGGCAGUCCUUUGUAGCAGGCUGCAUGGCUGGCUCCAUAGCUGCUGUAGCUGUUACACCACUGGAUGUCAUCAAAACUAGAAUACAGACCUUACAAAAAGGUGAAGGAGAGGACACUUAUCGAGGAAUAAUUGACUGCACAAGGCGCAUCCUGAAGAGAGAAGGCCCCUCAGCGUUCCUGAAAGGAGCAACAUGUCGUGCUCUAGUCAUCGCUCCACUUUUUGGCAUUGCUCAGGGCGUCUACUUCCUCGGUGUAGGAGAAGCUGUUUUAGGGCUGCUGGGAUAGGCCUGCUGGAAAGCUGAAGGUUGUGUUGCUCUGCCUUGAAGUCACAGUAAUGAGAUAAGCACAUGGACAGAACUUGUUGUUGACCAAAUGAAGGAUGUGAUACAGUCUAUCACCAAAAUGGAUCAGCUUGUUUACUUCACUUACAUGGCUGCCAUUUAGGUCAAAGAGGGCUGUUGCGCAGAGUAUGAAAAGGGAUGAGAUGUGUUUAAGCUUGCUAACAAAAUGCCUAUAACUUGCAACAUGCACGAGGCCAUGUCAAACUAGUUGCAUAGCAGCAACGUCCAUAAUAAUGGUAAUAUUUUAAUUACUACAUUUUUCAUUAAGGCAUAUUGCUUUGUAAUGAAUUGUGGAUAACUGAUAAAAAUCAGUUUUUCUAAUAUCAGUCUAGUCAAAUCUCCUUGCUCCGGGAGGCCAUUCCAUCCGUGAGUUGUAAUCUUGGAUUCCAGCCUUCCCCCUAGAUUGGGAAGAACUGUCUGUUGGUGUCUCUAAGGUCAUAUGUUAAUCUGAUGGUAAUGCUUUAAUCCCAGUAUUAGUGUAGCAUAUACCCUAACACUGCUCACUUCCUGCUUAUAGCACAAUGUUGGGACGCUGUAUUUGACAGGCUUAAAAUACAUUUAAACUGGUUUUUACACAUUUAUUUUGAAAUUGAUGCAUGUAUGCACAAACUCAACAGAUUAAUUUUUGUGAAAAUGGCUUGAACAUUUCCUGAGUUUUAAUCAUUAUUGACAACAAAAUGUCUUAACUCAUAUUGCACCUUUGAGGACUCCCGAGUAACCCUACCCUCUGCCAUUUGCCAUUAUCUUAAGUCCACUGGGUGGCACCACAGUUGUUAUUGUUGUUGUUUUUUACAUUUAAUGGAGUAUUACUUAGAUAGCCCUGAAAAUAAGCAGUGCAUUCUAACAGUUUGCAUUUUUAAUGUAAACAAACAAACAUAGAGUAAACAAUGUAAAUUCAUAAAAUGUCAAUAAAUAGAUCAUAUUAGUCUUUGUCUUAUAGACAUUU